CGCGCGCCCGCUCGCCUUUUGGCUGCCGCUCGCGCUGCCGAUGGCGGGGAGGCUGUGAGCUCCUCGGCGGCGGCGGCAGCGGCAGCAGCGACGCUCUCCUGCUCCUCGGCCCCGCCAUGUCCUACCCGCAGGGCUACCUCUACCAGCCGCCGGGCUCGCUGGCGCUCUACUCCUGCCCGGCCUACGGGGCGUCGGCGCUGGCGGCGCCCCGCAGCGAGGAGCUGGCCCGCUCGUCCUCCGGCUCGGCGUUCAGCCCUUACCCGGGAUCGGCGGCCUUCACCGCCCAGGCGGCCGCCACCGGCUUCGGCAGCCCGCUCCAGUACUCCACCGACCCGGCCACGGGAUUCCCCUCGUACAUGGGCUCGCCCUACGACGCCCACCCGACGGGCAUGAGCGGGGCCAUCAGCUACCACCCCUACGGCAGCCCGGCCUACCCGUACCAGCUGAACGACCCGGCCUACCGCAAGAACGCCACGCGCGACGCCACGGCCACGCUGAAGGCCUGGCUGCAGGAGCACCGCAAGAACCCCUACCCGACCAAGGGCGAGAAGAUCAUGCUGGCCAUCAUCACCAAGAUGACCCUCACGCAGGUCUCCACCUGGUUCGCCAACGCCCGGCGGCGCCUCAAGAAGGAGAACAAGAUGACCUGGGCGCCGCGCAACAAGAGCGAGGACGAGGACGAGGAGCUGGACGCCGACGGGGGGCUGCGGGCCAAGGACGCGCCGUCGGACAAGGCGCGCCAGGGCCACGAGGCCUCGGCCGAGGACGAAGGGAUCAGCUUGCAGGUGGACUCCCUCACCGACCACUCCUGCUCGGCCGAAUCCGACGGCGAGAAGGCCCCUUGCAGGGCCGGGGACCCGCUGUGCGAGUCGGGCUCGGAGUGCAAGGACAAGUACGAGGAGAUCGAGGAGGAGGACGACGACGAAGACGACGUCGAGGAGGACGAGGAGGAGGACGAGGAGGCGGGCCGAGGCCCGCCCGCCAAGCCGGUCACCUCCUCGCCCCUCACCGGGGUGGAAGCGCCGCUCCUGGGCCACCCGCAGGGCCAGGACGCCGCCCGCCACGCCGCCAAAGCCGCCUUGGACGCCCGGCUCCCCCCGGCGGCGCCGCAGAGCACGGCGGCGGGCAGCAAGCCCAAGCUCUGGUCGCUGGCCGAGAUCGCCACGUCGGACCUUAAGCACCCGCAGCCCGCGCACGGCCUGGGCCCGCCCGGCUGCCCGGCGUCGGGCCCGCCGUCCUCCGGCCCGCACAACGCUGCCUACUCGCCCUCCUCGCUGCUGGGGAGGCAUAUUUAUUACACGUCGCCUUUUUAUAGCAACUACACAAACUAUGGGAACUUCAACGCCCUCCCGGGCCAGGGCCUGCUGCGCUACAACUCGGCCGCCGUGGCCUCCGGCGAGGGACUGGGCCAGGCUGUCCUAAGCGGCAGCGGGAGCGCGGCUCACAAGCAGGGCGCCGAGAGCUCGCUGAAAAGCCUCGCCGGCCACCUCGAACCUCACUACAAGCCCUCCGGUUCGGACGCGAAGAAAGACCCCACUGAAGUGUGCACAGUAGGAGUACAACCCUACCUAUAGAAAGCACGUAGGGGUCACACUUGCUUUGAGAAAAGUCAACAAGCCAUCCGCUCUAUUCUGUAUCUAGAUCUCUAACAAAACUCUAAAUCCGGAUCACAUCUUGUGCCACUGUAUAAAAAGAAGACCACAGAGCACUAAUAAAUCGACAGACUCUAAUAAUUAAACCAGAAUUUUGUUGGACAUUAUGUGAGUUUGCUGGUAUAGUCUAGUUUCCCUAAUGUAUGUGUGAUUUUAAACAAAGGAAGAAGAAGGAAAAAAAAAAAGCAAAUCCGUUUUUUCUCAGGAUAUCUUGAAUCGAUCACUUCAUUGCCACGGUAUAUAUAUCUAUAUAAAUAUAUAUAUAUUCUGUAGGUGUGAUAGGAUUUAUUGUACAAAUUCUUUGUUAAAAGAUGCAUACAGUAGCAAUUAAAAAGAAACCGUGAUUGAAGAACUUAAGUACUUACAAAGUGGAAACAAAUUUGAUAUUUAUUUUUGUAAUGAUAUAAGAGCUUCUAGUAAUUUAUGCAAGUUGUAUUGCAAUGAAAUCCCAACUCUUUUGUAAAUAAAUUAUGCCUGGUUUUUAUUUGAGACAUUGAUGGUUAUACAAUCCCUCGUUGUUUAACGAGAAUUCUUUACUAAUUUAUAUCUUUAAUUGUAAAUAAAAACAGAC